CUACGUCACUCUUGCUCUCUCUCUCAACAUCAUUAACGGUUCUGUGUGGCGUAUUUCUGUACCGAGGGGUAAUCCGGUGCAGGACGGCACGACAGGAGAGCAUGUUUACAUGUAGUCUGCUUCUGUAACGGUUCCCCAGCGUGUUAAAAGUGCCAGCAACGUCAUUUAUAGCUGUGUACAAUGGCCACCGAGUGCACCCAGGAGGCUGUUCUGGACUUUCUGAAGGAGAGAGGGGGCAAAGUGAGAAACACGGAUCUAGUUGAGCAUUUUAAGGCCGUGUUCCCGGAGGAGCCGGAGCAGAAAGCGGCUGUGCGGAAGAAUUUUAAAAACCACGUUGACACCGUUGCUUAUGUCAAAACUGAGAGUGGAGUGAAACAUGUCUGCCUGAAGAAGAAGUUCCGCGGUGCAGAGAAGGAGACAAGUGGGACAGAAAGUGCGCAGGCACGAGUGUUAGAUGCAGAGGGGCCCGGUGAGCGGUGUCCAGGUGACAGCCGUCAAGUUGGUGGUAGUGACGUAGCGGAGGCUCAGGCUGCAGGGGAUGAGGCGCAACAUCCACCUGGCUCAGGUUACGGAAAUGACAGCCAGGUGAGAGUUCCGCAUGCUUUCUCCCCUGCGCCCAUUGUGCAGCGCGCACCAGACGACGAGAGCAAGUGUCAUGAGUUUGUUUGUGUAGUCGAGGAAGUGGACAGCCGCUCAGGUGAGAUGGGGAACAGACAAAGCUUCCGGAGAGAGAAGAGGGAGUCCAAGAAGGAGUGUGCUGGGAAACAGCCGGACAUACCAGAAAUUGCAGUGAUUGAAGCUUCGCCUCUCCCAGAAGAGGGAUCUGUGUUCACCAUGCCUGAGCCUGUACAAACUGGUAGGACAGGACAGGUAGCUGCUGCUGGACUCACUCCCAGAGACAGGCAGGUUGAGACGGAGUCCUAUCAAAGAGAGCAGGUUGAUGGGGUGAUCAGGCGCAGGGACUCAAAACGCUCCCAGCAGCAGGAGGCAGACGACGGGGAGCAUGAAGGGCUGUUGGAUGUGUGCAGCUUGUCAGGGAGUGAAGGCAACUGCAGCCCGAAAGGCAGCCGCAAACACUUCAUCGAGGUCAUGAUGAGCAGCUCCCCCCAGCUGAGGCGCAGCAUGGUGCUACGCAACUCAGUGUACCUGCCCUCCAAAAGUGACAGCGACUCCGUUUCGUUGGUGUCCUGCAGCCUGGACGACGACAGGACCUCGGUCGCUCUGGACCCGCUGGAGCACGAGUGGAUGAUGUGCGCGUCGGACGGGGAGUGGGACAGCUUGUACCCCCUCCUCGCCACAGAGCCCAGCCUCAUCCUGAGGAAGGAUUUCGUCACUGGGUUCACCUGCCUGCACUGGGCGGCCAAGCAAGACAAGCCUGAGCUGAUCGCUCUGAUUAUCAACUUCGCCAAGCAGCACAACGUCCCCAUCAGUGUUGAUGUGCGAUCCAACACCGGCUACACGCCGCUGCACAUCGCCGCCAUGCACAACCACAUGGAGGUGGUGAAGCUCCUGGUGGGCGCCUACAACGCAGACGUGGAGAUCAGAGACUACAGCGGGAGGAAGGCCUGCCAGUACCUCACUGACAACGUGAGCGUGGACAUACGGGACAUCAUAGGAGCAUAUGAGCGCUCUGAUUCAGAGAACGCACACUGCAGUAAUGGAGGGCGCUGGAGGUUCUCCAAGGGUUUCCAGGCGAACUUGAAGCCCCUCAGGCUCCUCAGCCCCAACGACUGUGACUCUGUAGACGGGGAGGGGAAACCAAGACAGAAGGUCGUCAGGAGGAAGUCGUCGCUCAGCAGAAUGAAGCCCAACCUCCAGAAGGUCCGCCUGAGGACGUCACAGAUUGUCCAUAGCGUGUCGUUCCGAGACACAGAGGAGCUGGAGCUGUCUUUGAAAGGUUCCUUCAAGCGCAGACCCAAGACUCAUUUCUUUGGGUGACAUCCGUUUGGAGCUGGGGAUCAAUAUUUGUGGACUUUCCUUUUGCAUUUUUAGUCGGCACGGGUGACAGCUGGUACUUGGUGUUGAUAUUCUGUACCUCAAAAGUGGAUAAUUUUUAUGUCAAAUAAUCAUCAAACCUUGAUAGGGUGGAGGAUCUUUGAAAAUCCAUUUCGUCAAAUUGUCCAUCAAGUCUAAUUUACUUUAUCAGAUGUUCUGUUUUUUAUAUGAAAUUAUAACAAGUUUGAAAACACAAGUUAGACCAGUGGUUCCCAAAUGGGGGGUCACGGUCCAAUCUGAGGUAGACGACGAGAUGUUGAAAGUGUCUGACUGCGUCUCGUCAUCCACCCGCAGCCGACACUAAACCCUCUUGACCUUGAGUGUGUAAUCUCCGGGCAGAUUACUGCGUCACAUGGCUGUGCUGUGAGGCCGGGCCGAUUGUAUUAAGAAAGUUUUGGUCUUGGGUAAUUUAACUCGUUAUUAAUUACAGGACCAGAGUUUUAAUCCGUCCAGAGGAAAUCUGAUGUUUGUUACGAACUUCAGUUUAAUGCAGAAGGAUGUAGGCCGACAGUAUUUUACACGUAAAUGUGUAUCACAUGAGAUGGAGCAUGAAACCAGACUGGAAAACAUUAUUGAAGCAGCUUUAGAGCAUGGAAACACUUUGGAAAAACACAGUGUUACACGAGUAAUUCUGUGACACAGCAGGGUCAUUCAUGUCACAACACAGGCUCCGAUUUGCACAAUGUUUUCCGUUACAUAACAUAAACAAUAUUUCCUUUGGUUAUGGGGCCAUUUUAAUGAUGUUCAUGUCUGAUGUUUUACGCUGACUGAAUAAAUAACUGCAGUUU